AUGGCUAAGGCGGCGAUGGAUCAGUUCACGAAGCUGAUAGCUCUAGAACUGGCUCCCCACGGAGUAAGGGUUAACACUGUCAGCCCUGGCAUCACUGUGUCAAAAUUCGUGACACGUUUAACCAACUUCACCGAAGAGGAGUACGCGAACUGGCUGGAGAAAAUUUCUUUGGGGAUACCCAUGGGAGAGCCAUGCCUAGGUCUGGAUAUAGCCAAGAUGAUCGUACACCUGGCCAGCGAUAACAGCAAGCUGGUGACCGGGACCAUUGUGGACGUGGAUGGGGGUUAUAAAUUCACUAUGUCUGGUAUCUCCGUCACUGAUUGA